AUGAGUUUCGACUAUCAGUCGGGUAAAGUCUUCGGACUCAGCUUCAAGCAACAUGAUGCAAGAAAGAUGCGCCAUGUCUUGAAGAAUUACGGAAAGCUACCAGAGAAGCAAGGUGAUAGACUUGCCCUGUUUCUUCGUCUGCAGACUUUUGAAACAAGUCUUGAUGAAGAAGUUUCCAAAAAAGUCAAGGACUGGUUUGAAAAUGGUGGUGAUCUUCCAUCGACUCAUCCCGUGACUGCACCUGCGGAAGAGUCCAGCGGAGAGGAAGACGAUGGAGACGACGAAGACGAUGGAGACGAUGAAGAAGAUGACGAAGAAGAUGAAGAAGAGGGUUCUGAUGAUGAAUCAAGUUCCGAUUCUGGUGCUUCCGCCAACUCCGGUCACGAGUUGCUGUGGGCUGAUAGAGAACGAGCCUUGAGACGCAACCCUGGAAUGGACCUUUUUGACCUUUUCCCUCAGCAUCCUGACAAUCCCGAACGCGACAACUACAUCUUCGGCACCGAACCUGAUAAUGGCGAAUUUGGGAUGGAGCCCAACAGCACGGAAGAAGAAGAAGAAAGCUCGGAAAGUGAGGAGGAGAGCGAAGAAGAAAGUGAAGAAGAGCCGGAGAGUGAAGAGGAUGAAGAGGAAGUGGAGGACGAGGACGAGGACGAGGACGAUGAAGAAGACGAAGAAGAGGCCAAAGAGAAGCCGGAGAGUGGAGAAGCACUUGAUCAUUCUCAAAGCCCACCUCAUAAAGUGGAAUGUGUUAUUUGUGCAGAGGACGUCCUAAAAGUAAACACCUGGUCUUCUAUCACAGAUGACUGUCAACACCCAGGUAUCUUAAUUUGCAAGGAAUGUCUAGAUCUAUCGAUCACCACAGAUAUAGAGUAUGGACUUUUGAAUGGUAUUAAGUGUCCGCUCUGUACAGCUGUCCUUACUGAUAGCGAUGUUCGUCGCAAAGCAUCUUCGGACGUACUUCAACGUUACUCCUACUUGAGAGAAAAAGCUUCCAGACCCGACACCUUUAUUAUGUGCUUAGGCCCCAAGUGCGGCGGAGGUCAAAUACAUGAAGGCCCGGAGCCAUUGAUGAUUUGCGACCACUGUAAAUUCAAGACUUGUGUCAAACACAAGUUACCAUGGCACGAAGGACAGUCAUGCGACGAAUUCGAUGUCGACGACUCACAAAUUGAACGUUUGGAGCAGGAAGAGGCCACAGCUAAGCUGCUGGCAAAGGAUUCAAGGAUUUGCCCACAAUGCAAAGAGUGUGUUGUUAGAAGCGAUGGUUGUGACCAUAUGGCAUGUCGCUGUGGGAAUUCCUGGUGUUACUUGUGCGGUGUUGACUGGGAAAACAUCCUCAGACUCGGCGACAAAGCACAUGGAAGAAACUGUCCCAACCACCCCGAUUCGCACAAGCUCAGUCGAGAUCAAGUGUUAGCCAAUGAGACAGCUCUCACCAAUCUGGUACAUGGCAGACCUGUCAACGAAGCUCAAACUCAAGCCAAGUACGCCAAACAAGCUGCGAGAAGACAGGAAAUGAGACCUUUGGCAUUGGCUGCCGCCGAGCAGAGAAUGAAGCAACAGGCUUUGGAAAAGUCAGACUCUGACUCCAGUAAGUCCGGACCACCCAAGAAGAAGACCAAGUUGGUAGGCGCUUGGGAGGAAAGAUGA